GAAGACUUGUUUGUGACUGAGCACAAAACGAGAGCAUACAAGGGCGCGCGUGCGGGACCGUGUGUACACUCAUGCCUGCAUUUCCUUGUCCGCGGCGCGUCCUGCUCACGUUCUAUUGGCUCGCUCCAGUCACGUGGCCGUUUAACUUUGUUCACUUGACAGAAAAAGUAGGAGGGUUCAUCGGAACAGGAAUGACCGCCGAGUAAAGGGAUGCGAUAUAAAUUUUAGUUAUAUAUUAGGUUGGAUUCCACAUAAAGAGUGGCAUUAAUGGCCAUGAGCUCCUAUUUGAUCAACUCUAACUAUGUGGACCCCAAAUUCCCACCGUGCGAAGAGUACUCACAUAGCGACUAUCUACCCAGCAACUCUCCGGACUAUUACGGUUCCCAAAGACACGAGGCUACCGCCUUUCAACCGGACUCGACUCUCUACCAUCACCGGCAUCACCAACAGCUAGCGGAAUCGCAGUACACGCAGUGUCGGCGCGAAGGGCAGCCCGCCUCGGUGGUGAUGCCCCCUCGCGGCCUCGUCAUCCCACAGAUUGGAGUCGAACUCGACCGGGUGUCAGUGACACCCAGCCCGCCUCCGCCUCAGUCGCGCCGGCAGCCGCCUCACAGUCACAACACAUCUUCCCCCGCAAACACUAAAAAGGACCCCGUGGUGUAUCCGUGGAUGAGGAAAGUCCACGUUAACAUCGUGAGUUCAAACUACACAGGAGGCGAGCCGAAGCGCUCUCGGACAGCUUACACCCGCCAGCAAGUCCUGGAGCUUGAGAAGGAGUUCCACUACAACAGAUACUUGACGCGCAGGCGCAGGGUGGAGAUAGCGCACACAUUGUGUCUGUCAGAACGCCAGAUCAAAAUCUGGUUCCAGAACAGACGAAUGAAAUGGAAGAAGGAUCAUAAAUUGCCCAACACCAAGGUCCGCUCUGGGAAUAACACGAACGCCCAAGCUUUAACUGGCUCCACCUGACCACGCAUAGAAAUUGAGCCCAUCUGUUCUUUGCUGCAUUUCUGCCGUCCAAAACAACGAAGCUGUAGAUAAAAACUGUGGACCUGAUUAACCUUUAAUUACUUGUUAUCCUGUUUAGCCUGUGCAUUGUCAGUGAUGUUAUGGCCCUGUGACACAAAUGGGAGUUCACCGAACGCAAAAACACUCGACCAAGAUAUCUCACGUUAAACAUCCGAUACCCCAUUAAAAAAAUAAUUUGUGUCAAAAGCACGUUCACCCAAGUGUGGGUUUUAUUUUGUCGACAGAAACACAUCAUUUCCUAUUUUUCCUCUUUAAUACCGUCAUUUUCAUAACAGUUGGUCAUGUUCAUGGUGUGGUUAUAAAACUAAAUGAAUGCACCCAUUCAAUGGAAUGGAUUCAAAGCGAUUCUAUCGUUUUGCCAGUCGUUCACCUAAACCACAACGUAAAGAUCUUUAC